UUCAGUUUCAUCGGCGUCCGCCCCUCCCUUCCAUCCUCGCCGGAGAUGAGAAUAACCGCCACAAUCCCCCAUUGGUGUCACCAACUCCACUACUUAUGAGACAUUGAUCAAAUCGGGAACAAAACAACAAAUACUCAGACAUCUGAUAUUGAUCUUGUUUUCCUCACUACGUGAAAUGCUAGAAGAAUUUGGUUGAAUUUAAGAGAGAGAAAGUUGAAGAGAGUAGAGAUGGUAGUGAGGAAGGUUGGGAAGUAUGAGGUAGGGCGGACGAUCGGUGAAGGAACCUUCGCGAAGGUGAAAUUUGCUCAGAACACAGAGACUGGUGAAAGUGUUGCUAUGAAACUCCUCGAUCGAGGUACCAUAAUCAAGCACAAGAUGGUCGACCAGAUCAAGAGAGAGAUAUCAAUUAUGAAGCUGGUUAGACAUCCCAAUGUUGUUCGGCUGCAUGAGGUACUAGCGAGCCGCACAAAAAUAUACAUAAUUUUGGAAUUUAUCACAGGCGGUGAGCUAUUUGAUAAAAUUGUCCAUCAUGGUCGGCUCAGUGAAAAGGAUUCUCGAAGAUACUUUCAGCAGCUCAUUGAUGGAGUAGAGUAUUGCCACAGUAAAGGAGUAUACCAUAGAGAUUUGAAGCCUGAAAAUCUUUUGUUAGAUUCACAAGGAAAUUUAAAAAUUUCAGAUUUUGGACUCAGCGCAUUGCCUGCAGAAGGUGUCAGCAUCCUUCGAACAACUUGUGGGACUCCUAACUAUGUUGCCCCCGAGGUACUCAGUCACAAAGGUUACAAUGGCGCACUGGCUGAUGUAUGGUCCUGUGGGGUCAUCCUAUAUGUAUUGAUGGCAGGAUACCUCCCAUUUGAUGAAAUGGAUCUUACCACAUUGUAUAACAAGAUCAAUAAAGCCGAAUUUUCUUGCCCAUCAUCGUUUCCAGUAGGAGCAAAAUCAUUAAUUCAUCGAAUUUUGGAUCCAAAUCCUGAAACACGUAUUUGUAUCGAAGAAAUUAGGAAUGAUGAAUGGUUCAAAAAGAAUUAUGUCCCUGCUAGACUUCUCGAGUAUGAAGAUGUUAAUCUGGAUGAUGUCAAUGCUGUUUUUGAUGACUCGGAGGAAGAGCGGACCGAUGAACAACACACGGAUGAAGACACAGGUCCUUUGUCUCUUAAUGCAUUCGAUAUGAUAAUUCUAUCACAAGGCCUAAACCUGUCUUCAAUGUUUGACCGUGGUCAGGACUCUGUGAAGCACAUAACUCGUUUUGUUUCUCAAAACCCCGCAAAGAUUGUUUUAUCAAGCAUGGAAGUUGUUGCUCAGUCGAUGGGUUUCAAGACCCACAUUCGGAAUUACAAGAUGAGGGUGGAAGGGCUUUCUGCUAGUAAGACGUCUCAUUUCUCAGUUAUUUUGGAAGUUUUUCAAGUGACCCCCAGUUUCGUGAUGGUUGACAUUCAGAAAGCAGCCGGAGAUGGUAGUGAAUAUCUUAAGUUUUACAAGAACUUCUGCAACAAUCUUGAAGAUAUCAUCUGGAAACCAGCUAUCGAACAACAGGGAAAAUCCAAGAUUACAAAAACUAAGAGCAAGCGGCGUUAGAUCUUCUUAUAUACGGCCAAGACUUUUAACCCCCUUCUUAGAAGUUGUAGCUGUAAAAGCAUGACCAAUCUGAAGUGGUUUGAUUGACUGUAAGAAAUCCCAUAAAAUAGCAGAACAAAAACAGAGGUUUUAUGUUGGUUUUUGAUGUUGAAAUACAUUUGUAGGCUUGCCCUUUGUUUAUGUUAAAAGAGUUUGGUAUUUUGUUUUGUGUUGGAAACCAAUAUUAUUA